AUGGCUCAGGUUUACGGGGCAGACGAAGUCAAUGCCGUGGUGCUGGACCCCGGUGCGGCAUGGACUAGAACCGGCUGGGCCGGAGAAGACGCACCGAGUGCUACAGUGUCUAGUUGGUACUCUUAUAUGAAGGACGACGAUGGCACAAUUAGUCGUCGCCAAUAUGGUGACGAUAUUGUGAAUAUGGCUCGGGCGAACGUGGAAGUGGCUAAUCCAUACGAGGAUGGUCUAGUUUCUGACUUUGAGGCGGCUCAGGAGCUUUGGAACGUCGCGCUAGCUUCGGAAAUGGCCAGUUUAGAGGACGCGCCCUUGAUGGUAACCCAGCCCUCUUGGGGUGAUUCUAGCUACCAGAGGCAAGUCAUGGAGUACUGCUUUGAAAAAACUAAAACACCAGCAGCAUAUCUUGCAAAAUCUGCCGUAUGCUCUCUAUUUUCUGCCGGCAGAGGCUCAGGCUUGGUUAUUGAUGCGGGUGCUCAAACUUUAUCUAUUACACCUGUGAUAGAUGGGUUGGUACUGAACAAGCCUUCUAUUCGUACAAAACGGGCCGGAAACUACCUCAACACACAAAUUCUUGCUGCGCUCACUGAUCUGAAGCACGAGAUAGUGCCCUGGUACCAGGUCUCCAAAAAAGAAGUGGUUGAACUGGGAGAGCCGGCAAAGUAUACCAAAAAAGGUAUUGAAACUACUUCAAGUUACCAUGAUCUCCAAGUCCAACGCGUAAUUGAUGAUUUCAAAGAGUCUCUUGUCCAGGUUUCCGGUGUUCCAUUAGAUGAAAAGACUGAAACUCCUGCCCGCACCUACGAGUUUCCGGAUGGCCACUCGGCCGAGUUCGGAAAAGAACGCUUCGAAUUGGGUGAGUCGCUGUUCAGAAAUGGGUCUGAUGAAAUGUCUGACGAUUCAGAGAACUCCAAAGGUGUUUCCCAACUGGUCAUUGACGUGAUCAACAACUGCGAUGUCGAUAUCCGGGCAAACCUUACAAACAACAUCGUUAUCACCGGUGGAACGUCGCUUUUACAAGGAUUCACUGCUCGUAUCAACCACGAUCUGCAGCAGGCUUUCCCUGCUCUUAAAAUAAGGCUCUAUGCUCCCGGUAAUAUGACGGAGAGGCGUAAUGCUUCAUGGUUAGGUGGAAGCAUCCUGGCCUCCUUGGGUACCUUUCAUCAACUAUGGGUUUCUAAACAAGAAUGGGAUGAAGUAGGAGCUGAGCAAAUUGCUGCAAAGCGCUUUAGAUAG